AUGAGAUAGACAAAUUCGUCAUAAAUGGUAAUUGUUGGUUUAGCUGCUAACUAGAAGUAAGCCUAGUUCAUCAUUUAACAUAUUAUUUUUUUGUAUUAGCUCGUUUUCUUUUGAAGCCUUUGUCUUAUAAAUUUGGAACGAGCAUAGUAUUUCACUCUUUUUGUCUUAAAUUAUUGUUACCUUCGAAGAAUUAAUAAAUAGCUUGUUUCAAUUAGAAGAACAUCUUUUAAAGUGUAUAAGCCAAAGAAUCGCAACUAUUAGAAUACUAUAUAAUUAUAGAGAUUUUGCAAAUCUUUCUUGAUGAUAAUAAUAAAGCAAGAUGUUUAAGAGAAAAAUUAGAGAACUUUACUAUUUAUUUGCAGAUAUUCUGGGUCCACUGAAUAAGAGUUACACCUAUAGAAGUUUUACUCUAUUUUCUAUUUCGAUAGAAAAUGCUAUGUAUUAAAUAUUUAUAAGUUAUGCAUAAGUGGAUAAGUGGGGAUUGUUAUGAAGCAAUAGGCAUGAAGAAAUCCUGUAGAAGCCAAAAAUUUAGUUGA